AUGAAGAUGAAGUUGGGUCAGAGGUCAAACAUAGUUAUGAGGGCGUUAAGACUUGCUGGAGCGGAUUGUGAUGAGGUCUGGAUGGAGGUCUAUGGAAGUUUCCUAAAUUCAUCAUUGCCAUCUAACAAAGUAUUUCAACAAAAUAUAUCCACUCGACGUUCAAAAGUAUUGGCAUCGAGUAUCCAUAUUAUUUUCUAUCUAAAAAGUAUCGGCGAUCCAAAGUUCGAUACUCGGCGUGACAGGGUUGUCGAUACCGAAGAAGAGUACCCAAAUAAGUAUCGUAUCGGCGAUAGUGAUUUCUCGAUAUUGGAAGGCGAAGGAGAAUGUUUUGUUAACAGCAACAUGAUUAAUCCCCUGAAACUACAGAAAUAUCGUCCAGCGAACUCUGAAGCACUGCAAGAACAGCAGCUGCUGCAACAGCCGCAGCAAAGCAAGGACGUUCUUGAAAGCAGCGACUACGAAAAUAACGAUGCUGACAAUAAUAAUAAUAAUAAUAGGAAUAAUAAUAAUAAUAGGAAUAACAAUAAACCUCAUGCAAUUAAAAAAAGAUUAGCGUUUUUCUCAAUGGAAAACAUCGCCAAAUUGUCAAACUCUGGCAGAGCUGAAAUUAGCAACUCUGCUGCCAGCUCACACGAUGCCUUUUGCACCGCCUGUUUGAGUUUACACAGUUGUGCAGCAGUUACAUCGCUUUUUACAGCAUCUGAUGAACUAGCAGUCAAUGAAAAAGAAAAAACUGGUCGCGUUAUUCAAGCAAAUAUAGAAAAAGAAGAAAAGGUAGUAUACACUGUCACACUCGCCUUAUUAACAGUGUUUGAAAUUCUAGGCAAGGUAAUUGGAGAAAUUGGAACAUUUAUCGAGAAAACCAUUCCACUUCAGCACUUUCGUGAGUGA